AGUCCACGAGUUGUGCGCGGAAAAAGCAGACCCCCAUCUUUGAGGAGAGCAUCCAGGAUGGAGUAAGAAAUGCGGAAGGUUAAAGCGAGGACGAAGAAAGCAAAUGUAAAUGAAAAAUGUAAAGAGCGAGAUGGAGGAGAUACGCCAUCUCAAAACACGUGUAGGAAUUUAUUUGGACCAUCCGAGAUAGAUCUUGAUUCUGAAGGAAACGUGCAGACUAUUCCAGUCAAUUCAGCUUUUGACAUUAGUGGAUUCCAAAAUAUGGUUGAGAGUCAAGAAAGUAUGCAACUUGGUUUGGAUGGAUCACAACCUUUGCCCAAAUGGUAUGGUUCGGACUUCUGCAACAUUGAGCGUACCUCUAACUUCAACUUCUUCUAA